UCGCAGAGUACGUUGGAUAUGUCCUAGAAAGACCAGCUCAAGGACCAAUCUUCUCAGCCCCUGCAUGUUAUUUGAGCAUUCUACUAGAAGAUGAAACUGAACCUCUUGAUUGGUGUUAUGCACAAAGAAAAGAAUAUCCUAUUCUUAGUCUCAUUGCUCGUGACUAUUUAACAGUACAAGUAACAAGUGCAGCCUCAGAGAAAUCUUUUUCAACUGCCGGACAAACAAUCAGAAGUCAAAGAAAUUGA